AUGGAGUCUGAAGCUUUCGACGAUCUGGAGAAGAGCACUGAUGCCCUCCGCACCGUCAAGGAUUUGGCCGCGGGCGCCGCCGGUGGAAUGGCUCAAGUUCUGCUGGGCCAACCCUUUGAUAUCGUAAAGGUCCGCCUGCAGACCACCUCUCAGUAUAAGAGUGCUCUGGACUGUGCGACCCAGAUCUUCAAGAAGGAGGGUCCUGCCGCUUUCUAUAAGGGUACUCUGACUCCCCUUAUCGGAAUCGGUGCCUGUGUCAGUGUGCAGUUCGGUGCUUUCCACCAGGCGCGUCGCAAGCUUGAGGAGUUGAAUAAGAAGAAGUAUGCCGACAGCACGCUCUCGUACGGCCAGUACUGGCUGGCCGGUUCGUUUGCCGGUGUGACCAACUCCGUGCUCUCGGGCCCGAUCGAGCACGUCCGUAUCCGUCUCCAGGCCCAGCCCCACGGCGCUGGCCGCCUGUACUCGGGCCCCAUUGACUGCGUGCAGAAGCUGGCCGCUCAGGGAGGUGCCCUGCGCGGUUUGUACCGCGGCCAGGCGGUCACUAUCCUGCGUGAGGCUAUGGCCUACGGUACCUGGUUCAUGGCUUUCGAGUACAUGAUGAACAUGGAUGCCAAGCGCAACAAUGUUAAGCGCGAGGAGAUCUCUGCUGUCAAGGUGGCCACUUACGGUGGUCUGGCCGGUGAGGCUCUGUGGCUGUCUAGCUACCCCUUCGACGUGGUCAAGAGUAAGAUGCAGACCGACGGGUUCGGUGCCACUCAGCAGUUCGCUAGCAUGCGCGACUGCUUCAAGAAGACCUAUGCCGUCGAGGGCCUGGGUGGUUUCUGGAAGGGUAUUGGCCCUACCCUGCUGAGAGCUAUGCCCGUCUCGGCUGGUACUUUCGUUGUUGUCGAACUUGCCAUGAAGGCUCUGGGUUAA